CAUCAUCACCAUCAUCACCAUCAUCACCAUCAUCACCAUCAUCACCAUCAUCACCAUCAUCACCAUCAUCAUCAACCGACCACAACAACAGCAACACAACACCCAUCCAUUGCGCCAGCCAAGAAUUGAGAAAAGACGACAAAACACCCACUCUGUUCACUUAUCAACAAGUAACGGAGAAUACAUUUACUGUACACCAUAAGUACGCCCAUCUGUACCUCCUUACCGCUCGACAAUCUCACGCCGUUUCCAACGCGCGCAGAACCCCAAAACUCGCGCGCCUUGCUGCAUUUCCGAGGCGGCCACUCGCAUCCCAACCACCACCAUCGAACAAACCAACCCUGUCAAACCAACCCCGUCAAACCAACCCCGUCAACCCCACGCAACAAACCCCCCUGUUGCAUCCAAUAACAUCCCCGACAUCUUCACACCAAACUACUGAAAAAGCCACUACAAGCCGUACUAUACCUGUACAGCACUUUCCUGAAAAGGGAUAAUACGUCAACUAGGGAAAAUCCGAGCGUGCAACGUGCAGCCACCCCAAACAGAGCGCAUCCCUCCCCUUCGCCUGCAAUUGUCGCAAACAAAACUUUCCAACUCCUCUCUCCUCUCCCUCCGCCACCAACCCCUCUCACGACCCUCUCUCACCCGACCCUUCCAAAAAAGACACUCACAAAACGACUCUUCCCAUGCGCUCCGCAGCACCCAAGAAAGCCGUCAAGAUGCCCUAUAACACCCGUCGGAAAUCGCUGUCGCUGCCGUCGCUAGGCAUCCACCUCCCCGUCACACACGCCUCGAGAGCUGCUACGGCCGCCGCGGCAGCAAACCGCUCAUCGCCUACGUCGACAGCGCCGUCCGACCAGCAGCCGCCGCUCAAAAAAAUAAAACAGUCGCACGCAUCAUCAUCAUCGCCAUCAUCCUCAUCAAAACCGCUGUCGCAUAUGUCGCCACCAUCGAAACCGGAACCAGCGGCGAAGAGCAUACUGAAAUACGAGCAUACGCCGCCGCCGUCACCGGAGGCGGAUGCCGUGGAGGAUGAGGGCGCGCCAAGACGGGAGAUCGAUUUGGAGGGCAUCAAUGAUGAUAUCGUCGAGGCGGUUAUUGUACAAUUACAACGGACAGCGAACAGGCCGCACCUGGUCAAGGAGCUGGCCGCCAUCCUGUCGACCUCGGUAAAGAUAGUCGAGACAUCCGCGAACCCGUCAGCAAUCAUAUCCUCCCGCCUCUCCACAUACCUCAAGCGAUCCUGCUGGUCGGCACUCGCGCCCUGCCCCCUCGCAAAGGAACUCGAGACCGUCCACCCGCGCCGCACCUACUUCUACCUCACCACCUACCGCCACCAACCCAUCCCCUCCCCCUCCACCGCCGCCUCCUCCUCCACCGCCUUCCCGCAACGCUCCAUCAUCUCCCCCUCCCUCUCCUCCACCGAAUCCCGCUCCGAAGACGACGUCGACGCCGAGCGCCGCCGCCAGCUCUCCCCCUCUCCCGAAGUCGACCUCUCGUCUCCUGAACUCGACGAUGCCGGGUGCUCCGACUCCAACGGCUCCGUCGCGCCGCCUACGCCUAGCGGGUCCUUCUCGGGACGUUUGACGAGCGAUGCGCGGGCCGGGUUGGUGAGGAAUCAUCGCGCGGCGUCGCCGCCGUUGGAGAAAGAUGAGAAGGAGUUUACGCAGACGGCGAGGGGGAUGCAGAGGAGACAGCUUCUGAGUGAGAAGCUGAGGGAGGGCGCUGCUGCGGCGUCGCAUAUUCCGUCUUUCUCGUUCUCGGGGGAGGCGGAGGUGAAGAUUAUGGAUCUGGAUGGGGACGGGGAUUUGUUCGGGGAGCAUGAUCAUCAUGGAAAAGGCGACAAUGGAGGGUUGCACGGCUUUGUGAGUAGCCCGGCGAUGAAACCGGUGGGCGGUUUGAUGGCUGGGAUGAUGCCAUUGCUGUCGUCCCCGGCGUCGAUAUCGGUGUUGAAGAGGCCGUUUGAGGAUAUGGACGAGGUAUGGACGAAGGAUGAGAUGGAGUGGGAUUCGAGGAGUCCAGAGAAUAUCGAUUUGGAGGAGUUGGAUGGGAUGUUUGAUUGCUUUGAGUAAAGUGGGUGUGGUUCUGUGUGGGGUUUUUCGCUUCUUGGAGGGAGUGCCCGACCGUCUAACGACGACGGAUCGGGCCAGACGACGACGAGCGCCCGUUAUUUUUUGGGCUUUGCUGGCUGGCUUUGCUUGCGGCAACGUCGAUUUUACAUUUUUUGGUGGAGAGAAGGGAGAGAUCCUUUGUGCUUUUCACGGCGUUUUACGGCUUUUUUUACGGACGGACCCGAUGUUGGCGAUUACUAGUGCUUCACUUUGUUUGCUUUAGAACGAAACAAAAACGGCAGGAACGAUACGGAACUCAAAAAAGUUUAUGGGCGGGAAGACACGAUUUGUUUACAAAGAAAAGAAAGAUGGGAAAGAGCGAUGGGGGUGGUCGCGGUUGCUGUUUCUGUUUUUCACUACUACUACUCUCCUCCAACUCUGGCGCAAAUAUAUGGGUGGAUGGAUGUUCUGCCGUCUUUUGGGGUCGCUACUCUCUACACACAACGCCUCCUCCCCUUUUUUACUCGUCACUACUCUGUUUUGGUUUGCUUUUUUUGCUUUUUGCUAGCGAGUUUUGCUGUUUUUGUUGCUGUUUUGUCUUGCUGGAGACUGCAGAUUCAUUCCAAGAGAUGGAGAUGAGGGAGCUCACUGCUCGAAAGAUUUUGAAAGAGGAAUUGUGUAUAUAUAUGUAAUCUUGAGAGUUGGGUGGUGCUUUUUUCCUGCAGGUGGUAGAGUGGAUGGGAGAUGGAAUAGGGGAAGAGAUGAGAGAGCGGAGUGAGGGG